AUGUUGGCCAGCUUGACUUCCGAGCUGGACAGGCUGUCCCCUCGCUUCGAGGUCCAGCCCACCCAGAUUGAGAUCCUCUCGACCCCUUCUGAGUUCUAUGAGGCGCUCAAGACUAAAAUCUCCACCGCCAAGCGGAGAGUAUACCUCUCCACUCUCUACAUAGGCAAGACCGAGCAUGAGCUGAUCUCAGUCAUUCGGGACGCUCUUCAACGUAACCCGGACCUCAAGGUAUCAUUCCUGACGGAUGCUCUCCGCGGAACCCGUGAGACGCCCAAUCCAUCAUGUGCAUCCCUCCUCGCUCCUCUCGUCGAAGACUUCGGAGCGGGCCGUGUGGAGAUUCGCAUGUUCCAUACGCCAAACCUGUUCGGCGUGCGGAAGAAGCUGCUCCCUCGCCGCAUCAACGAAGGAUGGGGCCUGCAACACAUGAAGCUGUACGGCGUGGACGAUGAGUUGAUCAUGUCCGGAGCAAACCUCUCCAACGACUACUUUACGAACCGUCAGGACCGUUACCACGUCUUCUCGUCCGCCGAGAUCACCGACUACUUCUUCCGCAUCCACUCUGCCAUCAGCAACCUCAGCUACCUCAUUUCUCCCUCGCCAUCCUCUCCGGGCGGCUACACCAUGACAUGGCCCACCAGCAACGCCGGCCCGUCUCCCCUCGACGACCGCAACACCUUCAAGAAAGCCGCCUCGGACCUCCUCACGCCCCUCAUCCGCCCGGCCGCGACGCCGCUCCCCUCCUCGCCCACCUCCACCCUCAUCUACCCCCUCCUCCAAUUCACCUCCGUCCUGCCGCCCGCCAACGACACCAGCACCGAACUCCCCGCCAUGACGUCCCUCCUCACGCACCUCACGCGGCCCGCGCACGCCGGCAGCGCCUGGACCUUCACCGCCGGCUACUUCAACAUGACGCCGUGGAUGCGCUCCCUCCUGCUCGCCACCGACCCCGUCCGCGGCACCGUCGUCGCCGCCGCGCCGCAGGCCAACGGCUUCUACGGCUCCGCCGGCGUCUCGGGCAUGCUGCCCGCCGCGUACACGCUGCUGGCCCGCCGCUUCCUGCAGGCCGUCGCCGCCGUCGAUGGACUCGCCCACCGCGUCAGGCUGCUCGAGUGGCGCCGCGGCACCGUCGGCGAGCCCGACGGCUGGACCUACCACGCCAAGGGCUUCUGGGUCACGCUGCCGGGCGAGACCGAGACGGGCAGUGGCGGCAACAAACAGGUCGACGCGUCUUCCCCGUCCUCGUCCUCGCCGACGUCGGAAAGAAGCUCGGAGCAGCAGCAGCAGCAGCAGCAGUCCGGCCCCUCCAUCGCCAUCAUCGGCAGCAGCAACUACACCAAGCGCAGCUACGAGCUCGACCUCGAGGCCGGCGCCAUGAUUGUGACGCGGGACGUGGACCUGCGCCGGCGGCUGGGCGCCGAGGAGGCGCGCCUGGCCCGCGGCGAGUGGGCGCGCGAGGUCGGCAUGGGCGAGUUCGAGCGGACGGAGCGCAGGGUCGGGCUGCACGUGAGGAUUGCCAUGUGGAUCGUUACGAUUUUGGGCGGUGCUUUGUAG